GAGCGUUGCAUGCCGGGACUUGUAGUUCUCGUGACGCCGGCCCUCAGCCGGUGACGGGGACUGCGGGACAGAGACCCUCGUUGCACGCCGGGAUUCACGGCGCCUUACGGGGAUUCGUGGUACAGAGGGGCGCGUUGCACACCGGGACUCAGAGUCCCACGAUGUCCAGCCUCAGCGCCUGACAGGGCUUCUGGGCCGGCAGCUCCGCGUUGCAUGCCGACCCACAGCCCCAGAUGCCGGCGCUUAUGGGGUGGAUGGGGCGAAGGAACACUGUUCCCACCGGGCCCAGUCGCAGAAGCGUGGUCCUAGGACGCGCCCAUUUCCCUAUGGCCGGCGGAGGACCUCUCGGGCCCCGCGUGGGCGUGUUUACACCCAGGCCCACGGCGCCUGCGCGCACGAAUGCGGUGGCACGUGACGUCGCACGCUGUCCCGGAAGUCGGCGCGGAACGGGCGGCUGGUGGAAGCCGGUGGUGCCGAAGGGGGAAUCGUAGCGCUGCUGCCGCCUCUGCUUGGGCCGGGGUCGCCCGGUAGCCCGCGAUGGGCGCCGGACCCUGAGCGCCCACCGCCGCUUUUCCACAGCGCCUCCACUCGGCUGCGAUGGAGGCACCGCCCAGCGGCCGCGUUCCCGCCGAGGGCGCCCAGCCGCCGGCUGUGGCCGAGGUGCGCUGCCCCGGCCCCGGACCGCUGCGCCUGCUCGAGUGGAGGGUGGCGGCUGGCGCGGCCGUACGCAUCGGCUCUGUGCUGGCCGUGUGCGAGGCCGCCGCCUCCGCGCAGCCCACCGGGCCCGCCCCUACUCGCGCCGGCUCCGGGGGCUGCGUGCGCACGGAGCGCAGGCUGAGGUCGGAGCGCGCGGGCGUGGUGCGGGAGCUGUGCGCGCAGCCUGGCCAGGUGGUGGCACCCGGGGCGGUUCUGGUGCAAUUAGAAGGAUGCAGCCACCCCGUCGUCAUGAAGGGCCUGUGCGCCGAGUGUGGCCAAGACCUGACCCAGCUGCAGAGUAAGAAUGGGAGGCCGCAGGUGCCGCUGUCCACGGCCACCGUGUCGAUGGUGCACAGCGUCCCCGAGCUAAUGGUGAGCUCCGAGCAAGCUGAAAAGCUAGGAAGGGAGGACCAGCAGCGACUGCAUCGCAACAGAAAACUAGUGCUCAUGGUGGACUUGGACCAGACCUUGAUCCACACGACGGAGCAGCAUUGCCCGCAGAUGUCCAACAAGGGCAUAUUCCACUUCCAGCUGGGCCGGGGCGAACCGAUGCUGCACACCCGUCUGCGUCCGCACUGCAAGGGGUUCCUGGAGAAGAUCGCCAAGCUGUACGAGCUCCACGUCUUCACGUUCGGCAGCCGGCUGUACGCACACACGAUCGCAGGCUUCUUAGAUCCUGAGAAGAAGCUUUUUUCACAUCGAAUAUUAUCGAGGGACGAAUGUAUUGACCCGUUUUCCAAAACGGGGAACCUUAGAAAUCUGUUUCCUUGUGGAGACUCCAUGGUUUGCAUCAUCGAUGACCGAGAAGACGUGUGGAAGUUCGCCCCCAACCUGAUAACUGUGAGGAAAUACGUGUACUUCCAGGGCACAGGCGACGUCAAUGCCCCGUGCGGGCCCCGGGAGCCCCAGGCGCGGAGGAGAGGUGCCGACGCCACGGAGCAGCCUCCAUCCGUCAAGGAUCCCGAGGAAGGAAGGCAGGUGUCUGGGGUCGAGCAGAGCAACGGCCUCGGGAAGCCCACGCGGGAGCUCAACGGGGGCGCAGGCCCUCGGGGGGGCUGGCCCUGUCCCGGGCAGGAGGAGGAGAGGGGCGCUCGGCCCGCCGCCUGCGCCCCCUCUGCUGACGGCCGGGGGCCCCUGGCGGGCACCCAGCAGCACGGGCGGACGCCGCCAGAGAAGAGGCCCGUGCUGGGUCCGGUGGGCCCUGACCCGGACCCAGAUGUCCCCAGUGACAGCGGGAGCAACAGCGAGUCCGAGGGCCGGCCGUCCCCCAUCCCCUCUGAUGGGGAGAGUGGGGAGAAGAGGACCCGGAGAAAGCCUGCGGCCACCCGCCAUGCUGGGGACAUCGUGGCCCAGGGCAGCGCCUCGGGCGCCAGUCCGUGCAUGGAGCCCGGGCCCGGCGUCCAGGCGGCCGUGCAGGGGGAGGGCGAGCGGGACGGCCUCUGCGGGCUGGGCGGCGGCUGUGCCGACAGGAGGGAGGCCGAGACAGAGUCCCAGAACAGCGAGCAGUCAGGCAUCACGGUGGGCGAGUCCCUGGACCAGAGCGCGGAGGAGGAGGAGGAGGAGGAGGACGCCGACGCCGACGACCACCUGGUCCACCUGGAGGAGAUCCUCGCCCGCGUGCAUGCCACCUACUAUGCCAGGUAUGACUGCUUUCUCCGCGGGGAGACCCAGGACGCCCCCGACAUCCGGAAGAUUGUCCCCGAGCUGCGCAGCAGGGUGCUGGCCGACGUCGCAAUCAUCUUCAGCGGGCUGCACCCCACGAACUUCCCCAUCGAGAAGACGCGGGAGCACUACCACGCCACGGCCCUGGGCGCCAGGAUCGUCACCCAGCUGGUGCUGGAGCCCGGCAACCCCGACCGGGCCACCCACCUGAUCGCCGCGCGGGCCGGCACGGAGAAGGUGCGCCAGGCCCAGGAUUCCGGGCAGCUGCACGUGGUCAACCCCGACUGGCUGUGGAGCUGCCUGGAGCGCUGGGACAAGGUGGAGGAGCGGCUGUUCCCGCUACGUGGUGACCCGGCCAAAUCCCAGAGGGAGGACGGCCCGGCCGCCUUUCCCGAGAGGCAGGGCCUGCUUCCAGCCACCCUGUUUCAUCCAACACCCGUGCAUCCCAAGGCCCCGCCUGGCCCUGAAGUUCGGAUCUACGACGCCAGCACGGGCAAGCUCAUCCGCCAGGGUGCUGCGGGCCCCGGGCCCCCCGGCUCCCUGCCGGUGCACGCGGAGCUCUCCUCCUUCAGAGCGGUCCAGCCACAUCACCAGCAGAUGUUUGGUGAAGACUUGCCAGCCAAUCAAGAUGGAGAGCAGCCUGGUCCUUCUAGAAGGAAGCGGCAGCCCAGCAUGUCGGAGACCAUGCCACUGUACACGCUGUGUAAGGAGGACUUAGAGAGUAUGGAUAAAGAGGCACCGUUGUGGACACCACACCUCACGUCCCACUAAACGGAGCUGGGCCCAGAUCGGGACCGACACUCCUCCGGCCCUCGGAUCUGCGUCUUAGAGACAGACAGCUCCCGCAGCCACUCAGCCACUCGUACUGUGCAGACAGAAGUCGUCCUCGGACCAUCGCGGACGCCAGGGAGAGCCCUGAGGACAGACAUGCAUUUCAGCUUACUUCCAGCGGUAGCAGAAGAAUGUUAUAUUCAGUAUAGAAUCCUACCAGCAACUCAGACCAUCAUCUUCAGAUGAUAAUUUAUCCCGUGACGCUUAAACCUGCUUUCAGAUGUGCUGAAUUUCUCUGUUUGCCGUUCGUUUUCUGCCUUUUUGAGCAUUUAGCCAGUACACUGCUGGGGUUUGUUCAUAAAAAUGUUUUCUCCUAGAAGAAUUUUUUUAGCCGUAAGCCUGUCUUCUUGAUCAAGGAUGUUCCUUGUUCUACGUGAGGGACGCUCCCUGCUGGGGGUUGGCAGGGGACAGCUGGACACGCACUCCUCUCCUCCUGCCCACGCCCUCGCCCCAGUCCUCCCCGGUGGGCGGGGCGGCGUCGCUGCUGGGCACCUGCAGAGACACGGUUCAGUUUGUCAAAAGCAGUGGCGACGAUUUCGCUACUUGUUUGUUGCACAUCAAAGGGUGGCGAAAUCUUAACAUGAAGUAACAGUGUUAAGUACACCUCCCAUCGCUCUGAAACCUGGCUUUUCUUUCAGAAAUGAAAAUUAGCCUUAAAACCUUCGUUUUGGCUCUUUGGGAAGAAAGGUUUUGAAGGAGACAGAAAUCCUGGACUUGGGAUUCCAGCAAACAUGACUGUCGUUUUAUAAAUGAGGGAACCAGGGGUUGGUGUCCAGCGGUGCUCAGGGGGUCCUGCUCGAUUCCCGGUGACAUCUGGGCCCCAGAGAGACUGCUCGGUCAGUGCCGGGCGCCAGAUGACCAGGGGAGCGGGCGCCCGGCUCUCCAUCUUCCCUGUGUGGCAGGGCGGGGGCCGUGUGGGGCUUUAGGAUUUGAGGCCGGACAGAGCUGGGCAGAGACCCUGUCCACCAUCUGCAGCUCUGCUCAGAGACAGCCAGGCUGUGGUCCCCAGGGUCGCACGAAGGGCGGAGGCCCCCGUGGGGCUGCAGCAGGCAGCUGAGGCCAGAGAGGUGUUCCCUCUCCUUAAAGUUCAGGGGAACAGGACUACUGAAGAGGGUGCUGUCUGUGCUCAUCUGGGCGGUGGCUCUGAGCCUGUUGUAGUUGUAGUUUACUCCACCAGAGGGGGCUCUUCAGAUGGGCCCCCGGACUGGCAGCGACAGGUGCUUGUCUGCUCUACACUUUGAGGACCAUGUCUGGGCGCUCCACAGCCAGGGCGUCCCAAGCACAGACGCCUCUCCCAGCCCCCAGCCGCUCGGAACCCUUCAUUUCCAGGGUCAGCUCCUCUCACCAGGAGGCACAUCUCACCAGCACCAAGGUGUUCUGUUCUCGCAGCCUGCACCUAAACCUGAUUAGGAAUGCCGCUGUCCUGUCCUUGUAACACGCCACGCGCAGGCUGGCGUCUCAGAUGAGCAUCUUUGCAGACCCAGAAUCUGAGCAGAACCUCCUCGUUGCUUUUUUCAAAGAGGCGAAAGUAUACGCACGUCUGGUGUGAUCACCGCUGUCUUCGUCUUGUUGAUGCCAGAUGGUUGUAUUUGUGUAUUUUGGUUCACGUGAAAAAGCUGUUUGCUGAGUAGAGGCUCAGCAGCUCCCCGUCUGCCGUGGUUCAGGCACAGCCCGCGUGCGGACUCUGGGCAGUGGUUCCCUUUCAGCUCCGCGGCAGCCUCCGUCAGGGAGGAGAUUGUUGACUUUAUUUGAUAGUUUGAGGGCACGCUUUGUCUAUUUGGACCAGCGAGCACCAUCCGUCAGCACAGCGAGGAAAUCCUGUCUCAUUUCCCACCUGUGGACAUUAACACGUUUCACUGGAGAAGUUGAGACCUCAGGCGCAGGUUUGCUAUCUGGUGGGUUAAAGCCUUUGAUACGCAGUAACCAAUGUGUCCGAAGGUGGUCCCUUGACCCCGAGAGGCCACCGUUGCACACGUGGGUGGCAGUUUCAGCCUGCUGCCCUCACUACCGUGGUCCAUUUUGCUGCGCGUGUCACGGGGCUGUUUCCCCAGGGAGAUCUGCAGAGUUGCUUAGCCCACCCCGACGGCGGGUCCGCUCUGUGCUGGCGGCAAACGCUGUCUUGUGAGGAUUAUGUUCUGAAUAGGACAGGCACAUUUUCCACGCGCUUCACAACAUUGAGAAGAAGCCAGGUGAUCCCAGAAGCUACCUGAAGACCCAGCUUCAGGGAGUUGGGAGGCUGGAGCAGGCAUGGUCCAGCAGCGUUUUGAGUUUGUGUUCAAAAGUCAGGGCCGUUAGCACGUUUGUGAUUCUUUGUGCAAAUUAUGAUGAUUCUUAGGAUUGAUGUGGCCUUGCAUUCUGCGUGGCUGCCAUAAAGCUGUCCUUUCCCAGAGUCGGUGGCGUCUUCUCACAGCAUGUUUUUGCUGGUGAUCAGUUCUGUCAGCACGUGUUUUUGUUACCAGCGGAUGCACAAGAAAAGCGUGGAAAGUUCUCACAGCGCCUGCCGUGCGGCGUCUGCUCAGCUGGAGGUCACAGGCGGCGCACGUGUCGGGGGAGCAGAUGCGGGCGCGUGUGGACGGCGCCCACGUGCCGCGCCCCCCGGCCAGUGCAGGGUUGCACCCUUCCUCUGGCGCGCUUGACGCGGCUGCAUCUCAUGCCUGCGGGUGCUCUGAGCGCACGGCACACCUCCCUCCUCUGCCACCUUCCUGCGCUACUCUCGCUCUGCGGUGGCCCGCGUGUGCCGGUGUGCGCGUGUCCCGUGUGCUGCCUUGGCUUCCGGCUCUGUUUCUGCUCCUCCCACUUUUUUUGUCUUCGACUGUUUGUUAGAAGUCGAUCCCAGUCGUGCUGGGUGUGGGGCGGACAGCACUGCAGAGGCGUGAAACUCACGUUGCAGUCCACGGCCGGCAGGACAGAACUUUCCAUCUUAGCCUGACUGGGCUGGUCACCUGCUAAAACACGAAACCCUGUUCUCCAGAGCUUCUACCAGGACAUGAUAUUCAGGAUGUCCAGCACACGAUUUAACAGUUACUCAACACGCGAACACAGGAACAGGCGAUUCCCAAGAGAGUGACAGCAGGCGCCUACCCGGAUAGCCCAGGCGUUGGGAUCGUCAGACCAGCACUACAGCAGCGGGCGUGGCCGUGGCCGUGGCCGUGGCCAUUGGGAGAGGCACAGCCUUGAAGAGAGUGCAGACCACAAAGAAGAACCACACGGAAACAUCAGGACUGGACACGCACUCAGGCAGAUGCCCUGAAAUUCACCAGGAGGACCCCUGGUGACGGGAGUGUCGAGGAAAGAUUAAGUGAACUUGAAGACAGGGUUAUAGGAAUCACCCUGAGGAACAACAGGAAAACAGCCCGGGCCGGGGGUCAGCGUCUCAGGGACACCGGGGUCAAAUCAGAAGUUGAAUGUUUGUGUCGUCUGAGCUGAUAAGAGGGAGAGAUCGGUGCAGAAAAAAUACUUGGGGAGAUAAUGGCUGAAAACCUCAGGUUUGGUGGAAGACUUCAAUUUACUGCCUUUGAUGGCAUAGACUAGUUUGGCCAGUUGUGGAAUUUCUUCAGAGGUGGUCACGACAUCCAGGCUCCUUCUCCCCUGGGAUGGAAGCGGGCUGUGGGAAAGGCCGGCCCGGCGGGACACAGAUGGUCACGGGUUGGGGGUCGGGGUUGACGCCCGCUUGCCCUCCUCCCCCCACGCGUGGGCUAACCUGAGCUGAUGUGAGGCCAGAGCACGCGUUGCUCGGGUACUGGGUGUCCUUACUGCGUGAUUUAGGAGCAGUACGUAUCUGCAGAGGUUUAAUGGUUUGUUUUCACGACCACCUGAGUCUUCUCCUUUUGUCUUCGGCCCUUUUGCUUGGCCGGGCUCGCCCUGUGGUCCUGUUUCUGUGCAGCCCGGUCAGCCUCGACACCCGUGUGAGGUCGGUUCUCUUCCCGGGACUGUACCCGAGCCUGAGGCGGGGCGGGCGCUCCUGGGCGGGCCGUCAGGGUCAGUGUGGGGAACAGGCUCCCAAAGUCAGCGUGUCUUACCACCGUGCCGUGCCAUCUGGGUGUCAGGAGGUGGGCAGCCCCGCAGUCGCUGUCAUGGACUCCAGUGUUUUGAGGUACCGCACGUCGGGCUUCAGGAGAAACACUUGAGAUUGAAGAUAACGCACGCGUGGAAACAGCACGGUGGGGUAGAGGCACGUCCUGGCCUGGCUCUCACUUCCCAGAGGGCCUGUUCCACAGACUCUGCUGGGCCGGCCCGUGGGGGGCAGGUGGGUGCCAAGCGCACGGAGACCGUCGGGCCCGGCCACCGGGGCGCUUCCUGCGGAACGCGGAGCUCUGUGGGCCCCAGGAGCGCGUCCCCUCCGCUGCUGCCGAGGGGACAGCAGACUCUGGUGGCGUUCCCCUGAAGUGUGGAGUCUAGACGAGGGUCGACCACGUGGGUGUGUGCACGGCCACCUUCUGGUCCUUUUCCACAUCACGGGAGCGUCGUCAGAGAAAGUUAAGUUCAAUAGGCCCAGUAGUGCUUUCGGUUUUAUUUCGUGAGAAUGCAGCACAUUAAGGGAAUGACCAGGACGUUUGUUCUUCUGGCCAAGAGAGGAGUACGUUGGUGUCGGUCUAAAGACCCUUCAGGUGGUAUCAUUUCUACCUCACCGGAAGCGCGUUGCCUGAGACCAGAGCUUAGAAUUCACGCCCGUAGUCCUCGGAGGCGUGUCCUCUUCACAGGUGGUGCUGUUAGUCGCUUAGAGCAGCUCACUCGUGCUCUGCACGCGGCCCUCGCUGCCUCAGGUUCCCUCCCUCUGCAGGCAAAGUAACAGAAUGGUGAGAAGAAAGUGCUGGGACCGGGGCUGGGACAAGGCCGUGUCCCCUCUGGCCGUUCUUGGCCUCGACUUGCUGUUUCCAUUUCUUCUGUUUCUCUCUCGUCUGCCUCGCUUCCACGGGUCAGAAGCUGAGAUGAGUUUUACUAAGUCUUCGUGACCUGCAUCUUCCAAGUCGACGGAUGGAAACCUUCCCAAGAGCGUUUGACGUCAUUCGUGCUUGCCCUUUGAGAGAUGUCAGUACUUGAGGAAAAAGUGCAUUUUGUAUUUCCCCUCACAUACUUGCUUUUAGAUUUUCCCUUAAUUAAGAUUUUAAAAUCUUUACACGAGCAUUUUUAAAACAACAUUUACGAAGUAAAUGGUUCAUUACAGAUCCCUGUUUUCCAGGAAGUGCAAAGUUGUCCUCAUACAGAACUUUAUGUGAGGGAAGCCAGGGGAGCACACCAGGCAGGGUUAAAUGAGACCAGACCUCCUGCGGGACGAGCCCGCGCUGUCCGCCAGGCCUGGUGCUAACGCCGCCGAGCCGCGAGCCCUUUGUGGGCGGCCUGGCGUGCGUUCCAGGCUGGGGUCGCCCCGCGGUCCCUGAGCUGCUGGGAUUGUGUGCUUCGGGGAGAUUUUAAAUGAUUGGCUUCUUUUAGUUCUUUCUUUUCCCCUGAGAAGGUGGGAUGCGGAGUUAAAGACCUGAAGUAUUUUCAGAGCAAAAUUUGACAAGAGGAGGUUUGCUUAUCAAAAUGAAGUUAAGUACAGCCACCUAAAUAUACCGGUGAAGCCAAUAACCUGUUAGAAUUAAUACAAUUCGAUGCUUUUUGUUAGGUGCCUUUAGUUUAACCCGAGAGGAUAUAUUACGUGUGAAGAUCUUGUGACCCCUGACGAUAAAGCCAACACUUUAACUGUCAAUUAAAAUGUUUCCGUAUUUUAACUUGUGAGGUCCCUGCGCGUUGUUCCUCCCUAGACUGCGUGUUGAUAGACUUGAAAUUGGAUACAGUGGUUCAAAGACGUCAGCCUUGGCCUGAGCGCUCAGGGUGUGGCUGGCGGUCGCUGAUCAGAGCUGCUCUGUAGAGGGGGUGCUCCCCCCCGCCCUCGAAUUUAAUCAGAGGGUUGAAACCCGUUCUGUCCCGUUUGCGGUGCCUUCCCCGAGGUGUCCCUGCCACGCACUGCGAGUCCACGACUCUCACAGGGAAGCGGGCCCAGUAGAGCCACGGGGAGCAGCAGGUGUGCAGGGCACACACCCAGGAGGGUGCUGCGGGCGUGGGAGGGGUGCCGAAGGGGCAUCCCCUGGUCGUCCUGGGUUCUGGGCCCCACGGGAGCCUCCCUGACUCAGGGCUCAGUUAGAAGUGGGUGGUUUGCUGGAAGAAGUCAGAGUUCCCGUGAGUGAAGUCCACCUCACAGCCUUCCUUCCUUGGCGUGUUUUCUGAGCUUGAUAAAGUAGCCAUCCCGCCCCGUAGUUUAAAGUUCCAAAAGCCCAAGAGCCCGCGUGGGCGCAGCCCUCGUCCCCCCCCCCCCGCCGGCCGCCCUCUGUCUCGCAUAUGCCGCGCGGCCCCCGAGUGCUGGCUGUUAGCUGGGUUCCAGCCUCGCUGUGCUGGAGCCGCAGGGGGUCGUUCCCUGAGCGUUUGGUGCACGGUCGCUCUUGCUUGGUUGACCAGGGGUGUGGCAGUGCCCCCCUGGCUUCGCCCUGAGACCUUCACCCGCAGCCGCAGCCAGCAGUCGAGAAACACAGGACGCGCACGGCCCACGGGACUCCCCGACGCCACACGCAGUCGUAAAUGGGGGGUCCCGGGUUGUCACGCGUCCUUCUGACCAGCCGGCCGCCUGUCGGUUCCCACGCCCCUGCCGGGGCGGCUGAGAACUUGGGAAACGCGGAAUCGGGCACGCGGUCGAGGCCUGACUGGCGGCGGGUGAAGGGCACACGGGUGAGGUCGGGAGGGUCCCGGCCAGAGGCUCCCGAGCCCUGUGCCUCGGGGGUUCUAGGGAGGCUCCCUGGGGGCGGGGUGGGGUGGAAAGGUCCAGGGCGCUCAUCCGCUGGUGCUUCUGGGUGACCGGCCCCACCCCAGAGUCCACCACGGUCGCCUCAUUAGAGCAAAGGUGCUCCCUCGUCCAGGAGACUCCGGGGGUUUGGGAGCUCUGGCUGGGAGCUCACGGGGGCAGAGCCCGGUGAGCAAAUCUCUUGUCGCUUGGCACACUUGAAGCAGCUUCACAGAUCAAACUUGUUAAGUGAUGACCCUGCUCUGAGGCCAGAAGAACGUAGUUACGCUAGCUGACGGGACACGGGGCCUCUGCUCCUUCCUGGAAAAGGUGCUGGCGGGUCCGUGUUCAGGAAACGUGGGCCUGGCCUCCUCUCGCCGCUGCCUUCCCCUUUCCAGCGCCCCGUCCGCCGUCGUGGGCAUCAGGUGUCGUCGGGGCCCUGCCCCCUGCCCCCCAAGCCCCCUCCCUUGCCGUGUCUGUGAACAGUUAAGCCUGAGGUCUGUCAGAGAAGACAGACGGGCAGGCACCCCACACGUGGCCGCGUGGGUCCCAGGACCCGGCGAGGUGGACGUGGAGGAGGGACAGCCCAGGCCACCUCUGCCUCCCGUCGUGCACCCCGUGGGCCUUGUCCACGCUCCUCGGUGCUGGUGGUAAGCAUCCGUCUGGCGGCAGGCCCCGUGUUGGAGCUUUAGGGGGCGCCCUGCGUGCUUCGUCACGGGAAGCGGGGCCCGUGCAGAAAUCGGCGGCGGUGUCAGUCCCGAGGGAGGGGCCGUGGCGCGGAUCCUUCAGGAAGGUGAUCUUGUGCUGACUC